AUGCCUCGAAGACUGGCCACACUGGUCCCUCAGACGGCCUCGCAGCUCUCACGAGCAGGGCUCAUCCCUCGACCAGCAUGGCUCACACCCGUCACGCAGCACCCGCCCGCGCCCUCGCUCGUCAAAGAGCCAGUCCUCCGAAGUAACGACGACCUGCCUCUGUCACUCCAGCGAGCCUAUGCAGGCGUACAACGCAAAGGCGCCCUGAUGGCCCAAUCUACUUCUGCAGGGGCCGACAGACCGGCGAGGCAGCUGGAUGGGAUGAACCAGAGGAGGAGAGCGAGACGAUCGGAGUUGAGGAUGCCCAAAAUUCGUCCGAUGCCGAUUGCCUACCCCAUCCAGGACAAGAUUCGAUCACAGUUCUACAUCGAUCAUCCUUUCGAAUCCUGGCGAGCGCAGUCCUUUGUCGAGUCAGAGGUCGUCAAUGAAGAAGAUGAGGCUUGGACUCAGAAAGGACUCGCUUGGUCAAAGUUAGCCCAGAAGACCCGCAAUCCUCGUGCAGAAGAUGCAAUACGCUUUGCGGCCCAUCUGCACGAAUCUCAUAGAUUGCCCCUCGCACGCGCCUACUCUGAAGCCUGCGCUCAGUAUGCAGCCUUACGGGCAGCAAGAGCGACUGCCAUACAGUUUGCGAGACGCGAAGCUCUGGCGUAUACCCCUGCCAGGUCCAACGAGCUCGUCCUGGGUUCCAACACCCCUCGGGGCACGCUCAAUGCAGAUCGAUUCCUACCUGGCUACAUAGACCGCGGCAUCCAAUCAGAAGGCAAGACCUUCGAAGCAUGGAACGAUCCCGAUCUGUUCGGCGGCGCUGCCAGUCGGUCAGGCGACGAGUAUCUCGGCAGAACGCUCACUCAUCCUCGUCCCAUGGUCGAAGGAGGCAAAUUUGCCGGUGUGAAGGGCUACAUGGACGAUCUGACGAACGUCAAGGAGAACGUGAUCGAGGACCUCAAGGCCGAGCUGACGGAGGAGAGUGAUAGCAAGACAGAUGGAAGCAAGCGCACUGUGAAGAGCUACCUGGACAUCCUCACCAGCCUGAGCAGUAGCCGUUCCAGCAAGCCACCCGCACCGGCCAAGCCUCUUACGAAGUAG